AUGGUUACUUCACAGGAGUGCUUGCGAUAUCUGCAGACCGGAGCUGUCAGCAGGGGAGAUGCUGAUAUAUCUGGUCAAGGAGUCAUUCUGGCUUUUCUCAUCAGCGCAUACACAUCUUUUGCUGCUGUCCUUAUCGCAUACCUCGCCGGUAUGGUAGAGGAUGAGCUGUUGACAUCUGUGGACAAAACAGUCAUGCGCAUCAGAUCACGCACAAUUUGUCAUCCUGGCAUACAUGAAACUAUACGCCACGUGGUCUUGGUCCUGAGCGACCAACAGAUCGUGACAGGGAUUGCAAUCAUGGCGGCUGGAUUUGUUGGUCUACACUCAGGGCAGAUGAGUGUCUAUCACUACCAGAUCGUUCUCUAUCUUGCUUGGCUUUCGAGUUCGGUGCACCUUUCCGCUUUGACGCUCCUUCGGCCCUUUCUCAAUCAACAUCACGGACUAAGAGCUUGGAGACUACUUGGUAUGGCUGUACUAUUCAUAAUGCUUAUCAUUGGCCUCGUGCCAACGGUCAGCUAUGAUUGGGGCAUCAUAUACAGCCCAGACGCUGAUACUUCCCUACCUGAUGCGAUACAGCCGACUGCUUGGGGCAUCCCGGCGAUCUGCUUCUGGGGCAAGACAUACCACGAUGGUGUCAACAACGAUGCGCCGAUAGGCUACCUCAUCCUUGUGCUUAGCUAUGUUUGGAAAGCCGGUGAUCUUUUCCUAUGGCCUCGCCAGCUGUAUCAACAAGGGAUUCGUCGACCGCUCGAGACCUCCAUGACAAGCUUACUCUCAGUCACUGCCAAGAAAUAUCUCAGAAGUAGGAGAACACGAUGGCUGUGGUGUUUCCGCGUCUCAAUGAUAACAUGCAUUCCUUUCCUUGCAUUCAUGGAGGUUAUGGCAUCUUUCGCUGCAUCUUUGUGGUUGUCAGCUCUGGGACUUGCCCGCUGGGAGCGCUAUCGGAACAUGCAUGGGUACGAUCAAACGAAGGCAACGCAGAACACGCUUCUAGACAAUCGCACGAAGUCAGCAAUCACAUAUCUCCUAAACCGACUGACUAUCAUGAUCUGA